AACACACAGAAAGAGGGAUAGCUUUACUAAACCAAGGGGCUAACUUUAAUACAAUUAUAUACGUACAUGUAUAUAUUUUUAUAUAUAUCUAUAUAUCCAUCACCUACCCUCUUACUAAAUCACCCUAUAAAUACCACUUCCACCCCAGCAGUUCAACCCCCACUCAAAAGUUCAACAUAUCCUUUCUUGGUGCAAAGAAGCAAGAACCAAUCUGAAGAGACCGAUAUGGAGGCUAUUCAGUCUUGGGUUUCCGAGCACAAGCUCACCAGCGUCGGAGCGUUAUGGGCAUCAGCAGUAGGAGCAUCCCUGGCUUAUUCGCGUGCCAAGUCCCCUCUUAAGCCAAGCCUCCGCCUCAUCCAUGCUAGGAUGCACGCGCAGGCCCUGACACUGGCUGUGCUGUCGGGGGCGGCGGCCUACCACUACUACGAGCAGAGGUCCACGGAGGCGCAGAACAACAAUUAGAGAUGAAGCUCGCCGAAGGCCCUUAAGUUAAUCACCCUCGCGUGAUUAGAGCCCCUGAUUGAACUUAUUCGGGACACCAGGCUCCCCAUAUUACUGUCCUCUCGACUUUAUCUACAAGAUUAACUAUGCCGGAGCUGCUGUCUUCGUAGUCAAUUUCCGUUGCUUUAAUUUUACCUAUGUACUGAAGUUUUAUGCGAUGAUGCCGAUAACUACUCAUGUAUCGUGUACACAUAUCAAAUGAAAUAAUAAUAGAAGCUAUAUAUGUACGUCUUCGGUUAUCAA